GGAAAACCCUACAUGCUUUGAAUGAAACAGUAACUUAAGCAGAGUAACAAACAACUACUUUUUGAAACACACCGAUCACAAACAACGUAUACAGUGUUGCUGACAGCCCGAGUGCUCAUCAUUUCACACCUUCGCCUUUGUUUUGCCGUUUCGAUCGUUUCAUGCCCAACGUAUUUCAGGAACUGAAGAUGUCUGGAAAAACCGCAUGUUUCUGUGUAGCCCUGCUCCUAACCCUCACCUCAGCAUACGCAGCACGGAAAACUCUCAACUCCAUCAGUGAGGUAAAAAAUUGUGUUCCUCAGCCCACCAACAUCUUAGAGCUGCUUCGCUGGUUUGCCAACAUAGUUAAUAUUGAUAAUUACGGCACCAUCCAACUUACUUUCAACCCAGACUCUGAUUAUGGUUCACAUUAUUACGGCAAUUUCCAAAACAUGUUGGAUCGAUCUUCUUGGGGGUACAAAUACUACACAGUUGGUAACAUCCAUAAAGACUCUUCAAAACAGCUCCCUCCUUAUGUAGUUCAAGCCAGGAGAGGAAGCAUUGGAUGGAACAGAGCUCGGAUCAUAUUUAGCGCCACGGAAUGCAACGGGAUAUGGAAUAUACGACAAGUCUACAUCACACAGCAUUAUGACACUCCUAGAAAUAAUGGCACUAAUUAUGACCCAGAACACACAUAUGAGAUCACUACCAACCUUCUACGAGAAUUCAGACGACGGUCCGUUUUAGAAAUCCAACAGGGUGCCACUGUUUCUCAAAGAAGCAACUAUGGAAACACGUCUACUCAUCUACAAGGAUCCUACUACUCUUACCAGAACACCUACGUACCUCAGUCUUAUUCAAGAACAACUGAUCAAGAUAACCUGGGCACUAUUUGUCUUGUCCUGGCAGUGUGUAUUAUUGUUAUUUUCUUGAUUUUCCUAACAAAUGUAAAUAAAUAAAAUAUCAGCAGUUAUGUUCCCAGAAACCGAUCACACCUAACAGUAGAAGUGGUGCUUUUAAACAUCAAUGAUAAAAACAGACAAAAUGUUUGAAAAAAUAAAAAAAAUCAAGCAAUAUCUUUCUGAGUAAAUGUGCUUUUGAUUGUCUUGUGGGUGUGAUGGGCAUUACAAUUGUUAAGAUUGAAAAUGUGUAUUGCUGGAACUGCGUUUUUAUAUUAUGUUUACUCAGUGGUUGAGCUGCUUUCCCCCCUCCCAAUGUAAACUGGAUGCAAUAAAGCGAAACAAGCCA